CGAAGGGCGUGGCCGGGGCUCGGUCCCGCCCCGGGCGUAGCGGGCUCGGGCGUGAGGGCCUCGCUCUCCACCUGGGACCCCCGCGUCGGGGCCGCAGCGUCGCGUUGCUGGCGCCGCAGGCCCGGUCAGGGAGUCCGAAGCGCUUGAGGCAAGAGAGCUGAAGGCCUCAGGGGAACACUGACCUAGUGACAUCUCAAUGGCUUUGGGAGAAGAAAAGGCGGAGGUGGAGGCCCCCGCAGACACCAAGGCCCUGUCCUAUGGGCAGUGGAGCUGCAGGGAGCAGGAAGUGGACACCCCAGGGCUCACGAGCGGGGAGCAGGAGCAGCCACCACACCUGGAAGCUGAGGGCGGGCUUGCAUCCCCGGUGUGGGGAACAGAGGGGCUACCUGCCCCUGCCUGCUGUGACAGGGCUGGCCCCAGCCCCUCUGGAGCCUACCAGCCACAGGCCAACAACACCAGAAGGGAGCCAGUAGCUGGUAGAUCUAAGCCUGCUCUUGGUUGCCUGCUUCCUUCUGCUGGCCCCGGGACUGGAGACCUUUUGCACUCUGUGGAAAGCCAGAUGGAGGAGACCAGGCUUUCUGCCUCAGAGGAGCUACCUCAGACUCUUACUGUUCCCAGAGCCACAGGUCUCUGCUCAGGACAUGAUGCUGAUACCGAAGAUGACCCGUCCCCAGUUGAGUCGCCACGGGCGCUGGACCUCAGCCAGCAGCCUCACAGCUCAGGUUUCCCUUUCCCGACAAGAUGGAGGUCUGUGGUGAGCCAAGGGACGGCUGUUCCUCAGUUCUCCAGCCGCAGCGUCUCUGCCUCCUCCCCGGGCAGCAGUCUCCAGGGUCACCAGGAGAAGGCGGAACCUCAGAGUUGCUCCAUUGCCAAGGUCUCAUCCUCCCUGGAGCUGGCCAUGCCCCACUCAGCCCCCUCUGUGGGGUCAGGGCCACGGCUCCAGUGGUCACCACAGCCUGCGUCCUCUGGGGUUGAUGCUCCUGGGCUGGGCAGGAGGCGCCUCUCCUUCCAGGCCGAGUACUGGGCCUGUGUGCUUCCAGACUCCUUACCUCCUUCCCCCGACCGCCACUCCCCACUCUGGAACCCGAACAAAGAGUACGAAGACCUGCUGGACUAUACUUACCCACUCAGGCCCAAGCCUCACCUCCCAAAGCACCUUGACAGCCACGUGCUGGCUGACCCUGUGCUGCAGGACUCAGGUGUAGACCUGGAUAGCUUUUCUGUUUCCCCCGCGAGCACCCUGAAGUCACCCACUAAUGGCUCCCAGAAUUGCCCAUCAGCAGAGGCCUCUGCCCUGCCAUUCUCUAGGCCUGGAGAUCCAAGCCUUAGGCGGUGGUCCUCUGGCAUACCCCAGAAGCAGGGCAGUGUGGGGUUGGCGUCUUGUAACCAGCUCACAUCUACCCCCAGAGCCCCGGGUGGUAGGGAUGCUCCUUGGGAGAGCAGAGAGCCAGCCCCGAGGGGUGUGAAGGACUGGCUUGGGUACAUGGGCAAGCACCCUGAGGCGGGCUCUCCCCAGUGGAGGACAUGGGAGAGAGGGUGGCCCUUGCCCAGGACAGAGAGAGAGAAGGGAGCCAGCCAGGGUGUCUGGCACCCUGCCUGCACAGAAUCUGGAUGGAAACCAGAAGAGGAGGUGGAAAGUGAUGACGAGUAUCUCGCCCUGCCCGCUCGGCUGACGCAGGUUUCUAGUUUGGUUUCACAUCUAGGUUCCAUCCCCACCUUGGUAACCCUGCCCACGGGGGCUGCCGAAGGGCAGACCUCCCUCGACGUGUCAGACAGCGAUGGGCCAGCUUCCCUCCCGUCGGACUCUAGCCAAAGCCAGCUUCCUUCUGAGGCUGCCCUCAGAGGGUCCAGGGGCCCUGAGGGCCAGAACCACCGUUUGCUCUGCUCCUUCAUCCAUGCAAGGGGCUCUGCAGGGGAAGGCGGUCUGGGGAACAGCCAGGCCCUGGGAGUCUCCUCUGGACCCCUGAGAGCACACUCUUCUUUGCCAGCUGUGUGGGAUCGGCAUGCGUUCUUAGACCUAGAUGCUGCAGGGCAGCCUCCUGGGAAAGGAGAGCCCGGAAAAGAAUCACUCGUGCAGUGUGUGAAGACAUUCUGCUGUCAGCUGGAAGAGCUGAUCCGCUGGCUGUAUAACAUAGCAGAUGUCACCGACCACCUGAUUCCAUCCAAGUCCAAUCUUACAGGUCUCAAGUCUUCUCUGCAGCUUUACCGGCAAUUUAAGAAAGAUAUAGAUGAACACCAGUCCCUGACUGAGAGUGUCUUACAGAAAGGGGAGAUUCUUCUUCAGUGCCUGUUGGAUAACACCCCAGUGUUAAAGGAUGUCCUCGGGAGGAUCUCGAAGCAGCCCAGUGAGCUGGAGAGCCAUGCAGAUCGCCUGUAUGAUGCCAUCUUAGCUUCCCUGGACAUGCUGGCUGGCUGCACCCUCAUCCCUGACAACACGCCAGUGGCACACAGGAGCACCGACGUGAAGGGGAUUAGUCUGGCAUCUUCUAAAGCAGAGAUGUAAUCUGUCGGCUAAAACCUGGCUGGUGGGAAGCUUUCAGGAAGCCCUUGUAAGAGCCAUUUAUAACACUGAAAUCACAGGGGGAACUUAACUCUAAUGUAACUAGUUUUAAAAUGCCUUUCUCUUCCCUGAAGUAAGGGCUAUUGAGUUCCUAUCUUUAUUUAAAAUGAAUCCUUCCAAACUAAGGUUUUCCUUUUGGUGCUUUUCAACAAAUGCAUGUGGCUUUGCAGUUUUUGAUAAAAUAAUGCUAAUAAGGCUUACAGGCCUAUCAUCCCCUUCAAUCCAGCUAAAAACAGCAGAGCUCCUAAAAUAGUCUACCUGCUAUAAAGGUCAUUUAAAGAAGGUUUGUUUGAGAGAGAAGGUACCAAAUACAUGGAAUUCUCAGGCAUACCAGAAGACCCAGGAGACUGAAAAAACUGAAUGGUUGGCCAGGAACUUGAGUCUUUUCAUAAACUUAAGCUUAGGUUUAUAAAUCCCCCUUGAAGAUUUUAGAAGAGACUUUAAGUCUCCAAAUCAAUAGUUCUCAAAUUAUUUUGGGUUGUUAGGACACCUUUUAAGUUAUCUUAGGGGCUUAGUAAUGCUCUGUCUGCCUGCCUAAGAUCUUAAAGGAAAACGUGUCAGACAUAGGGAACUGCUACUGAGCUUUGCAAAACUAUGGACCUGAUUAUCCACACCUAAAGGGCACCUCUAGGUGGACGCGUCUAUCCACGCAUUCCUACUCUGUCUUGGAAGAGCAGUCCAAGAUCAGGGAAGAAAAGGGCGUGCGGUCACUAGGGAAGGAAAAAAGGGAAAUGUUUGGUUGCAUGAUACAUAACUUAAUAGGG